CCCCGACACGUGUGGCUGCCUGUACUGGAACCUUCAACCGUUUGGUUACGCACUGCUGAAGUAACCAGUGAUUGUGAAGAAACUCAGAUCUAACUCCCGAGAACUCGUAACCGUCAGGCAACUGGCGGGGAAUUUACAUAUGGCUCAAGUACCCUCGGAUAGUUGCCUGGCUCACCUUUCAACGCGGAGAUGUCGCGGAUGACAGAUAAAGAGGCAUUUUUCCGUAGGCUAGACCAACUGGAUUGCCUCAGUGAUACCUCAGAAGGUGAAUUUGAUGGUCUAUUUUCGACCUCGCGGCCGAAUGACGGGAAAGUAUCUCCCGACUCUUGCCAAAUCAAGAAGCCCUCGCCCUCGCCCUCGUCACCUGUGACUAUCAGCUCCUCUUCGGAUGCCGUGGCUGCCCAGAGCAUCAUUUCAGCUCCUUCCAUAACAUCAACCCGUGAAGCCUGUAUUUCCAAGCCAAUUUUACAAAAGGGCAUGGGAGAACCAUCCAAAACUCUGGCGAAGGAUGCUCCUGGAAAACGCAAACGGGGUUCAUCCGGGAAAAUAAUCCCUGAACACCUACAGAUUUUUAAGGGCCUUGUGUUUUUUUUCUUUCCAAAUAGCGAUGUUUCUCCUUUACGACGUUUACGUAUCCAAAGAGCACAGGAGUACGGCGCUUCAUGGGCAAGGGCUUGGGGAGAAAACAUCACUCAUGUCAUAGUUGACAACGGCCUAAAGUUUGACGAGAUCUUGAAACAUCUAAAUCUGGAGACAAUUCCGUCCAAUAUCGCUCUAGUUGAUGAGUGCUACCCCGCCGAGUGUAUCAAGUUUCGUUGCAUUUUGAAUGUGACUCAAGCACGGUUCCAAGUUAAAGGAACUGCAGCUUUGCCCAAAGCUAUGCGAGAAUGCAAUGCAUCUCCUGGUGAACCCCCGAUUGUCGGCCAGGGAUCUUUGCCUUUAAAGUCCGACCAAAAACAGCAAUCACAGACUCAGGCGUCGGGGUGGCUGUUUGAGCCACACGAUAUCCCUGUACUUGAUCGAGAGAUACAUGCCGAAGACCACGAAGAAGCCACCGAAGAGAUAAUAGGUGACAGUUUUCCGGACCGCGAACGUGAUGCGUUGGAUGACAUGAUAGCGGAGGCUAAAGCCGUUGAACACCUGGUAAGUCUGCCCACCUCUAACUUAUUUUCAUCUGUUCUCAUACCGUGGAAGCCUUUGGACCCGCUAGAUGGGCACGAUGUCCCCAAUGAUGAUGCUCUAGCCGAAGCCUCUGGUGAUGAGAGCUCUGAUGAAUCGCAGCCGAUGUCAACAAAAUACAAGCGAAGAAAGCCGUCGAGGGACGAAAACAAUGCAGUCGAAUCUUGGCAACACAAGUUUGUCUGCAUGCAGAAGCAUGAUUCAACCUCUAAUGAUCAGAACCCGAAUGCGAGGACCAUUGAAGUUCUCCAGCAAAUGCUGAAUUACUACACCCGAACAGCUGACCAUUGGCGCAUUAUGGCGUAUCGUAAAGCAAUCAGUGCUCUUCGUAAUAAGCCCAGGAAGGUCGUUAACCGCGCUGAAGCUCUCGAGAUUCCCGGGAUCGGACCCCGUUUAGCGGACAAAAUUGAAGAAAUUGUGGUUACUAACCGGCUUCGCCGUUUGGAUAACACCAGCAACACAGCCGAAGACCGUCUCCUCCAAAAGUUCUUGGGCGUAUAUGGUGCUGGACUCUCGGUUGCUUCCAAGUGGAUUGCUCAAGGCUAUAAAUCGUUGGAAGACUUGCGACAGGACGCAACCCUAACACGAUCACAGCGUGUUGGUCUUGAACGAUACUUUGACUUCUCCCAAAGAAUACCGAGAAGUGAGGUUCAAGAGCAUGGAAGUUUUGUGCGGCGUGUGGUGCAAAAGGAGAGCCCAGAGAUGCAAGUCAUUAUUGGAGGGUCCUACCGACGGGGGGCAGCGAACUCUGGCGAUAUCGAUUUGAUCAUCACGAGACAUGAUGCGACGAUCGAGGAGAUUCGAACGUUGAUGCUGGACCAAGUCGUGCCAAAGCUAUUCGAACAAGGGUUUCUUCAAGUCAGUUUGGCAGCCACGUCUCGAGAUGACGGAUCGAAAUGGCACGGCGCCUCCAAAUUGCCAGAUAGCCAACUGUGGCGACGUAUCGACCUGUUAUUUGUGCCUGGCUCAGAGCUCGGUGCCGCGCUGAUUUACUUCACUGGGAACGAUAUCUUUAACCGCAGCAUAAGACUCCUUGCGAGUAAGAAGUCCAUGCGCCUCAAUCAGAGGGGACUCUAUGCGGAUGUGCUGCGUGGGCCCCAAAGGGCGAAAAUAAACACUGGCCGACUGCUCGAAAGCCGCGACGAACGAAGGAUAUUCGAGAUCCUAGUAGUCCCGUGGCGCCCUCCAGAGCAUCGCAUAUGCUGAAGUGCCUGAAUUCAUGCGCCUUCAUCCAUUUCUCUGACAACAGGAACCACGUAUGCUGAGCAGCACUCGAUGGGUAGUUUUCUGGUCAGCUCAGAGCUGUGGAUUAGUCUACUGAACUAGUUUUUAUGAU